AUGAGCAUGAACAAGGCCCUGCUGGUGUUUAUCGUGGCCAGUGGCUUCCUGCUGUUCAUCUACGCCAACAGCAGCGUCUUCAACCGGCGGUUGGUGCAAAAACCGCCACCGGAACGCGUCGGACUGGCGGCGGCGCUCGUGCACCGGAACGGCAACCACCACCACGAGCGGCAUGAGGCGCUGCAUCCUGGUGAGAAGCGAAACGACACCCAUGUGGGUCAUCAGGAUACCGAGCGGGCCGACGUGGCCGGUGGGAGCCAGCUGAAGCGCGUCAAGUACGUCUCGAAGGGCACGAACGACACGGAGUACAACAUCUUCAUCAUCUACACGAAGGAGAGCCAAAAUCUCAUCCUCCACAGCCAGCUGGAGCUGUUCCUGCGCAGCUUGCUGAAGUACAGCGCGAUCGAGCUGCACCUGCACGUGAUCACGGACGAGCAGAGCGAACGUUCGGCGGAGGAGUUAAUCAAGGCCCAGAUCGAGCGGUUCCAUCGGACCGCCUUCUACACGCUGUACGAUGUGCGCGAUUGUGCGGAGAAAGUCAGCGACAUCGUGCAUGGCAUGCUGCCACUGUUUAACUACCGCACCGGGAGUUACUACAGUGAUGCCUUAUUUUUGCUCUCACUCGGGCUGCACCGCAUCGUCGAUCGGAACAUGCGCCGGGCGAUUCUGAUCGAUUGCGACGUCGUGUUUCGUGCGUCGGUGAAGGAAUUGUUCGAUCAGUUUGAUGCGUUUGCACCGGAUCAGUUGUUUGGAUUGGCGCCCGAGUUGACGCCCGUUUAUCGGCACGUGUUGUCGCGGUACCGCAUGGCAAACCCCCAAACACUGUUCGGGAGUCCGUACUAUCUGGAUAAAGUACCACCGGCUGGGACGACUCCGGAGUUGCCGAAGAACCCGGCAAGAAGCAACAGGAAGCCAGCACCGAACGACAGCAAACAGCGCCACGGUUAUCCGGGACUCAACUCGGGCGUCGUUAUGCUGCACCUGGAGCGCAUCCGACGGUCGCGAUUGUUCGAGGAGAUCGUUAAGGAGUCGACGGUGAAGAGUAUGGCGGAGAAGUACGCCUUCCAGGGGCAUUUGGGUGAUCAGGACUUUUACACGCUGAUGGGGUUCGAGUUUCCGGGGUUGAUUUAUCGGCUGGAUUGCGUGUGGAACCGGCAACUGUGCACGUGGUGGCGUGAGCAUGGGUAUAGUGACAUAUUUGAUAGGUAUUUCCACUGCGAGGGUGCCGUCAAGAUUUACCACGGAAAUUGCAACACCAGGGCACCGGAGUAGGGUCGUCCAGGGUCUUUAUUAGGACUCUGUCGAACGAAAAAAGCAAAAACACCCCACUGCUCAUUACUUCGAAUCCUCCGAUCGUGUGUUCGUACGUUCGUACCUUCCCAAAUUGUCCCAUCUCUCUUACAUUCUUAAUCUCUCUCUCUCUACUCUACAUUCCAUACUAGUGAUUCGUUGGCCAUAGAAGUUAGUAAGUAACGUAUUAUUGU